AUGGAGCGGAGGCUGUCGGCGGUGUCCAGGCGGUCCGCGCCGUCGCCCAUCCAGCAGCUGUCCCACCUGGCGCAGCGCGUCGGCGCCGUCAACCUCGCCGAGGGCUUCCCCGACUUCCCCGCGCCGCCCCACGUCAAGGCCGCCGCUGCCGCCGCCAUCGCCGCGGACCUCAACCAGUACAGGUUCCUUCGCCACGACACCUCCUCCUCCUCCUCUAGCGCAGUAGGCAUAAUCGACCAAGGAGAUGAAGUUUUGCUCUUCGAUCCUGCUUAUGAAACGUAUGAGACAUGCAUUGAGCUAGCUCGAGGCGUCCCUGUGUAUGUGCCAUUGGAUCCACCUUCUUGGACUCUGAACGAAGACAGUUUUCUGAAAUCUUUUACAAGUCGGACCAAGGCAGUGGUCUUGAACAGCCCGCACAAUCCAACAGGGAAGGUCUUCAGCAAAGAGGAGUUGCUUAUUAUCUCCCAGGCUUGUCAGAAAAUGGACUGCUUUGCGAUAACUGAUGAGGUUUAUGAGUAUAUUACUUACGAUGCGAACAAGCAUAUCUCACUGGCUUCUCUUCCAGGGAUGCAAGAGAGGACCAUCAUCACAUCCUCACUGUCAAAAACUUACAGUGUAACCGGUUGGAGACUCGGUUGGGCUUGUGCAGCAGCAAGCAUCGCCUCAGCUAUUAGAAAUAUCCACAUAAAAUUAACAGAUUCAGCUCCUGCACCAUUCCAAGAAGCUGCGUUGAUUGCAUUAACAAGCACAGCAGAUUACUACACAUCCCUGAAAAAAGACUAUGAGGAGAAAAGAGACUUCAUCCUUCAGUUGCUGAAAGACUUCGGCUUCAAAAUCAGCUUCAAGCCACAAGGUUCAGUAUUUGCGUUUGCUGAGCUGCCAAGGUCCUGUCAACUUUCAGAUAUAGAAUUUGUGACGAAGUUGAUCAACGAUGCUGGUGUGGCUGCCGUGCCUGGCCGUGGGUUCUUCCACAAGACGUUUGACGGUGAAAGCUACUGUCACCGGUAUGUCAGGUUUGCAUUCUGCAAAGGCGAUGACACACUGAAGGCUGCUGCCAUGAAGAUGAGGAAGCUGGCAAGCAGGCAGGGAGAACCAUGGCUUACUGGCUGA